GUAUUAUAUCUUCUGUAAACGCUCAUCACGCUGGGGGCUGUAGGGGGCGUUUACUAUCCCUCUUUCCUGGUUUUGGUCGGGAGAGACGUGGGAUUGGAACGGAGACGGAUCCAUCUGUAUGCAGUUCACAGCGCUUCCGUCUCGGAGUAUCCUGCCGUUUCCUUCCUUCAGAAACUUGGACACUCUACUCGAUGGAUGAAUGCUAAAAGCGCCUCAUACCCCCUCCUCUUUUUUUUUUUGCUUUUCCUUUAUAUUCUCCUUUCCUUAAAGGCGUUUCAAACGUCUUUGUCUUAGGAAACUAGCGCUUUCCAUUUACAGAAACAACAUCUUGAGAAGCAUCAUCAUGAGCGUACUGCCCCCUGUACGGAAAGACCGCAUUAUCAGCCAGUUUCCUAAGUGCUUCAACAAAGGUGCUGCUUUGAACACAGACGAUGAAUUCCACAGCAAGGUGAAGACGGCCUGUCAGCAGCAGAGGACAGGAACUGUGGGUAGGUUUAAGAUCUCCAAGGUCAUUGUAGUGGGUGAUCUGGCGGUGGGGAAAACCUGUUUGAUUAAUAGAUUUUGUAAAGAUGUCUUUGACAAAAAUUACAAGGCCACCAUUGGUGUGGACUUUGAAAUGGAGAGGUUUGAAGUUCUUGGGGUCCCUUUCAGUUUACAGCUGUGGGACACUGCAGGACAGGAGAGAUUUAAAUGCAUUGCCUCGACAUACUACAGAGGAGCUCAAGCCGUGAUCAUUGUGUUCGAUUUGACUGAUGUGGCUUCACUGGAGCAUACAAGGCAAUGGCUGGAGGACGCGAUGAAAGAGAAUGAUCCUACCAGUGUAUUACUCUUCUUAGUAGGCACAAAGAAAGAUCUGAGUUCUCCUGCACAGUAUACACUAAUUGAGCAGGAUGCCAUUAAACUGGCCGAUCAGAUGAAAGCAGAGUACUGGGCUGUGUCCGCCUUGUCUGGGGAGAAUGUGACAGAGUUUUUCUUCAGAGUGGCAUCUUUAACAUUUGAGGCCAAUGUCCUGGCAGAACUGGAGAAAAGUGGAUCCAGACGUAUUGGGGAAGUUGUUCAAAUCAACAGCAACCCAAAUAGCCUGUAUGCAACUUCCAAGAAGAAACAGCCCAACUGUUGUCAGUAAAGACUGGCCAUGUAAAAAUGCCAUCAUUUGCACCAACAUAUAAUGGUACCAAAGCAAAACAUACACACAAAUAUACAUAUAUACAUAGGGAGAAUCUACUAGAUAAGAAACUGACUGUACAGAGAGCAGCGUGGUUUGUUAUUCAUAACGUGUAACUGAAUAUCUGCUGGAUGAAAGAAAACAUUCCUUCGUUGGAAAACUUGAGGUUUGCAUUUUUGUGGUAAAGCCUUACUCUGUUUUCCCAAGACUUCUAUGCACAAUUUAUGCUCAGUCAUUAUCAGUGAUUAUUACACUGUUGAUUAAACAUACAUUUUAUUUCACAUUUUGCUUAGUUUACAUUCAGAAGGGAUUUUAAAAGGUACACAGGAGGAUCAUGCAUGAGUUGCACAAAAAGCAAUAAACAGCGAUAAAUAUAUUUUUCUAUAUCAAAAGUCCUGUUUAUUAAAAGGGUAGUUUUCCUUGAAGUUAUAUCCAUUUUUUAAUUAGGUUCAAAUUCUUGCUGUAAAGAUUUUAAAAGUUUUAGGGCUUAUAUACUUUUUUUUAUGUGAUUGCCAUUUUUAUUCCAAAUAAAAUUGUUUUUCCUGAA